AGAAGCGGGCAGAGAACGACGGAGCGCGCACGGGACCAGAUCGUUAACUUGUCAUUUCCCCGCCUCAUUCUCGUGCAGGUUCAGCUGCUGCAGCAACAAACCGGACUACCGGCGAACAACGAGACUCCUCCAGCACUCCAGACAGCUUCAGACUGGUCGUCAUCGCGUCUUUUACUCUGGAGACUGCGGAUUUUAUCCCUGAUCUUUUCCAGCGGAUACCGAGAGUCCGCACCGCCUCCCCGAGAUAAACUAAGUCUACGGACAUUAAGUGCGCUAUUUGUUUUCUAGCAGAGGGGGGAAAAAUCAGUCUCCGUGAGUCAGGCCAGCUGUCUUCUCUGCCCUCUCCUCCAGUUUAACUGCACCGGUCAGACUUGGAAAGAGCAACAGCCUCCGCCAGCGCAUCAGUGAGGCAGAAAAGCCCUACAACAAGCUGCAGCCAUGGAUGAGAUGGACCUGCCCCAGAUGAAGAAGGAGGUGGAGAGCCUCAAGUACCAGCUGGCCUUCAAAAGAGAGAAGUCCUCCAAAACAGUGACUGAUUUGGUAAAAUGGAUAGAGGAUGGUGUCCCAGAGGAUCCCUUCCUGAACCCGGAGCUGAUGAAGAACAACCCCUGGGUGGAGAAAGGAAAAUGCAUCCUUCUUUAGAUUUAACCAUUUAAUGACCCUUGAAUUUCGACACACACGCCCUACAGAUGACCCCUGAAGCUGACCCGCCCCGUCCUGUGAAUGCACCGGCAGGACAGCGCCACCUAACCUCUCACCGUGAAUGUACAACAGCUGGCAAACCUAACCCUUUCCCCAAAAACACACCCCAAGGGCACAGAAAUACACACUGACAGAGACGCACAUUCACACACUUAACACUGCAAGUUUAAUCCUGCCACGGCAAUGCAUCGUUUUUAUGAUACGACAGAAGUGAUCGAUACUUGUACUACGUGUCUUUAUAUGAAUAUAUGACAACUUUUAUUUAUGCAGCUGCCAGUCACAAGCUUAUUCCCUUUGCAGUUUUUUUUUCUUCCUAAAUUUACUAAAUGCGUUAAAGAUGUGUAAUGGAGUCACGUUCUCACUGCCAGACUGACUGUAGAUCUGCUGGGGGGAAUUUUGUUCCAUACUGGAAAUGACCACCAUUACAGUAUAACGAGUCAGACCCCUUUAAACUGAAUUAAUAAAGUCUUUGAUGAAAAAAAACUGAACUAAGAA